AUGCAGACUCGCUUCGCUUCCUUGACCAAGUUGCCGCGCCUUCUCUCUCCGGCUCCGUCAGCGAGAUGUGCGGGCGAACACGGCGGCCGUGUGAAGCCGCCGGAGGCUGCCGCCCCGCGUGCAGAAAGCGAGAAGGCUGCCAAGAAAUCGAAGACGAGGCAACAGAUUCUGAUGUGGGGAGACCGCGCCGCGCUCCCUGGAGGGGCUCUGGGCGACGUCACGACGCCCACCGAGUUCCACUGGUUCACAGAUCAAGCAGCUUCACGAGCGCCGUGGCAGCAGAUCUCGUUCGGACCGGCUUUUGGCGUCGCUGUGAACGAGAGACAGCAAGUGGCGAUUUGGGGCAGUUUUGUGCCGAAAACGGAAACCGAGGACGGCGCCAGCGGCGCGAGGGAAACCAUGGAGUCUGCUUUGCGCUUCGUCCCGCCUUUCUACCUCGAACUCCCGUUUAAAGUGACCGACGCCCAAUGCUCAACAGCUGAAGUUUUCCUUCUCUCCGCCGACGGUCGAGUCUUCGUCCUGGACAACCUCCCCGACGUCUUUGGCCGCGUCGCCCAAUCUUCUUCUCCUUCUUCGAUCUCCGACGAGCUCGCUUUCUCUGUCGUCACUGGGGCCGACGGCACGCGCUCUGUCCGCUGCGCCGUCCGCCCCCUGCGAGGCCUGGCAGACGCGGAAGAAGAGAGCGGCAAGGCCAGCAGUUGGACCUGGGCGCUCGACAAACUCGGACAGUGGACGGGAUGGGCCGACCGCGUGGUGAAGAUGAGCGUCGGAAGCACGCAUGCAGCCUUCGUCACGCGCCGUGGAAAGCUGUAUUGCUGCGGGGAGAACCUCUUUGGCGAGUGCGGCGUGGAGCCCCGGCCCUUCGACGAGGCGAGCCUGCGCGUGCACUCCCACCGGGUCGAUUUCUCAAACGCCGACUCCGAGUGGAUCGGGAACGCGAGGCGAGAGCCGCACAUCGUCGAUGUCUCCUGCGGCCUUCAUCACACUCUCUGUCUCUCGAAAGACGGAAAAGUCUAUGCGUUCGGAGACGAUUCGAAAAUCCAGCUGGGCCUCGGCGACACGCGCUCGAAUCAGCAAGGCGUGUCGGGCACGACGUGGAUGGAGCGGUUAAAGGGCAAUAAAAUCUCCAUUCCGCGGGCUGUCUCCUACACCUACGCGGACCGCCACCUCCAGCACACGCCAGUCGCCGUUUUGCCGCCAACGGGCUUUCCAGGAGCCAAGCAGUGCGCCGUCACCGCAGUCGCAGCUGGAGACGACUUCUCGCUUCUUCUCUUCCAGGAUACCCAUCAACCGUGCGUCGUGCUUCUCUCGAUUGCACGCGCGUUCCCGCGUUCGGCCUCCGCUGUCGCCGCGCCUUCUUCGUUCGCUUUGUCAUCGUCUCGUGAUCUUCCUGGCCCGUCCUCGAUUUUUUGUGCGGAGAAAGUUGCUUGCGGCAGCGCGCACUGCCUCGCCCUCAUGGCCUCUGGCAAGCUCGUGGGUUGGGGCUUCAACGCGCAUGGUCAAGUUGGCACCGGAGGGCGAGUGAAGGGGGCUAUUAGCCCCCCCAAGACGAUCGCUGUUGAUCCGCCUUCUCAAGAAGAGCAAACGCUUCCGAAAUGCUCACAGAAUGAGGAAGGCGCGGAGAUGGAGGGCAAAUUGUCGCCGCCUCUGCCUCGCUAUUUGCCGGGCGAAGACGGACAACCCAACAUGGAAAUUAAAAAUGUCUUCUGCAAAUUCAAUGCAUCUGCAGUUAUCAGAGCAAGCUGA